UUUGCCUUUUUUUCAAAAAUUGGCUAAUUUUUAAAAGUGCUCAUGACUCAAAAAUUAUUUGUUGGAAACAGCUCAACAUAGCAUAAGAUUAUUUCAGAUAUUUGAGUACGUGAAUGAAGAUGAGAAGUGCAUUAGAUGUGAAGAUGAUGCUGGUAUUAUUGAAUUUGUCAAAACUGCCAACAAUACGCACUAGUACUCCAUCAUUUUGGAAGCUUCCACAAAAUGAGCCAAGCAAUUCAUCCUCUGUUGAGAAAAGGGAGAGAUUGAUAAAAGCAAAGUGCCUUGAGAAUGGAUUCAUUGCAGAAUUGCCUCCAAGCUCACUCUCUCUUUCAGCACGCAUAUUGGUCUCUGUUAACAAUGAUGAUCCUAUUGAAUGCUUAAGACUCUUAGCUCACACCAGUCCAUCUAAUGUUAAUGAGGCUCACCCAGAGCACAAUGUCAUUAUUAUUAUUAUUAUAUACACACUCACAAUACAACAUGCAGUGAAUCAACUGCAUGUACAAUAGUCAGUGUGUAUGUAUACAUGUCCAGUGGAGCAGUUUCAUUAACAGUGUAAAUAUAAUAAGCUAAUAAUUAGCUCUCUUCUAUUCAUCGACUCUAUAUUAUUUCUCUCUUGUAUUUUCAUGUCAUUAUUA